GUAUCUUUGAAGUAAUUAAGAUAUUAUUUUCCCUUAAUUUAAACGUGUUCACUUGUGAUAAAAGAUCCUAUCUUAUUUUACGAGUCAAAAGAAUCUGAUGAUCCAGCAUUUUUUAGUAAUUUGAAGAAAGUUGUUCUGCGUAUCAGUGUGAUAAGUACAGAAGAUUUCUUUCGUAUUAUUGUGUCGACAAUUUGUUUCUUCGAUUUUUUACAGUAGAAGCAGAUACUCACGAAUAGCUGAACAUGUGGCUGCAGCCCGUUUGGAUUUGUUUUUCUUCGCUUCUGCUAGCAUCAUUAUCAACAUCUAUAUUGGCUGCAAAACCAAAACCCGUAGAACUGAAAUAUUCGUGCACGGCAGUCGCGACACCUGGUGAACAUCGGGAGCACAAAGCAGAUGAUGCGCCUAUUAUUUUGCUUCAUGGUUUGGGAGGAAACAAAGAAGUCUGGAAAGGAAUUUUCGAACUUUUAUCUUUGGAUACCAAAAGGGAAGUCUGCAUCAUAGAUUUGCGAAAUCAUGGUGAGAGCCCUUGGAAUAACGACGAGUAUGAUGUUGAGGCCAUGACUGAAGAUAUAAAGCACUUGAUAGAUCAACUUAAAGCGCCAAAAGUAAUCGCACUUGGUCAGAGUUUGGGUGGAAAAAUAGCUAUUCACCUUGCAUUGACUUACCCAGAAAAAGUUGAAAAAAUUAUUAUCGAGGAUAUGAGACCAAAUGGUUUUACUCCUGAAGGUUUAAAUGAGAUGCAGUUUUUUGCUAACAUGAUGAAAGGACUAGAUAAUGAAAUACCUCAAGGAGUCACUGAAAUAGAAGCAAAAAAGGCAUUCUUAAAUCUCUUAAACGCACGUUUGGAAAAGAUGAAUGUGAAUUUCAAGCUGGAUGAUCCUAGUAUUGUACCAAUCAAGUGUACCGAUGGAAAAUGCCAGUGGAGAUUUAAUCCUAUACUUCGAGACACGAUUGCGAGGAAUGUUGAUGAAUUGUUCAUUAAAAGUUCUGGCCGCUUUGAUGGACCAGCACUUUUUAUUUAUGGUGGCAAAUCCAAUUUCAAAGUGGGAGAUGACGAGGAAAACAUUAAAAUGCUAUUUCCCAAUGCAAAACUUGUUGAAGUGGCAGAAGCAACUCAUAUGGUCUUCACAUUUAAAGAAUUUACAUCAGAAGUCAUCAAAUUCAUCAAUGACGCAUGAAGAUCAAAAUUAUUAUAAAUGUAAUAUAAUAUUAUAAACAGGGUGCAAAUGUAAAUGAAAUAUAUAUUAUUAAACAGAGUACAAAAAAUU